AUGUUUGCUGGGGGUCGUAAGUGGCAUGUGGGGAAAAAAGCGAAGGAUCCAGCUAGAAAUCCAACAUACUUGGUGUGUGCAGAAAAGAGAAAUUUAAAAUGCAAUGCAACAGCACUGUUGCACCCAAAUGGUACAAUCGAAACCCGCCCUGGUCAGAGACAUGCUGAUGCAAUCAAAAAUAAUCUUCUGGUAGAGUGCCAAUUUCUUGAAAAAUUAUAUUUGAAAAGAAUACACUCAUAUGCAUCAGGGGAAUCCAUCUAUCAAGAUGUAAUAAGAGAUUUUCCAGACUUGGCAGCUAGCAUGCCAUAUUCACAGGUGUCAGGGCGGAUGAACGAUUGGAUGAAAUUUCUAAAUCCACCAAGACAAAAUACUUACGUGGAUGUGCAGCGCUUAACCCAAAGCCCUCAGUGGAGCGAGCUGGUUCAGUACAGUGGUGGAUCAGUUCAGCUGAGUUCAAUUACCUCAAUCGACCGGGUUACUGCGUUGGUUUAUGGUGAUCCAACACUGGUUCAGCAAAUACCAGGUGGUACUGACUAUCAACUACAUAUGAUAUUGUCCAGCUCAAUUUUACCUGACAUUGCUGAUACUCAAGUUGUGUUGACUGUUUCAUUGCUGUAUGGUGGACGGAAUAUAAAAAAAAGAUCUUUUUGUUCAUGGAUACGACAAAUAAUCCAGAAUUUCCAAUUGAUUGGACAUGUAAGGUUUGCUUAGACCGUCCUAA